AGAAGAGAGAUUUGCAAGCUUAGCAAGUUAGCAGGACAUUAUGGCGCUCAUUGUGCUGCUCAAUGAGCGUAGUGGGCGCUUCUGAAAAGGGUCUUGCCUAUAACGUCACCUUCUCUCUGCCCAUAAAUUUUUGGAAUCAAACGAACCAGUUCAAAGAUUGAAGGUGAAAUCUGCAGAUUUUGCUUCGUUUCUUGGAUUUUGCUCUUGCGUCUCCAGCUGUUGCGGUAAUUUUUUCUACUUCAUUCUCGUCGUUUACAUUUCCUGCCCUAACGAUGCGAGUAGCACAAGACGACCACAAGGUGUUUGUAAAUUGUCCCACUGAAAUUUUGAUUGAGAUUCUUUCAUAUUUACCUGUGAAAUCGCUUCUGCGAUUCAGAUCUGUAUGCAAAGAAUGGAAAAAAUUAGUUCAGAAACCAUUGUUUGUUAAUGCUCAUUUGAAAAACAGAAUCUCAAAUUCUUUGCUCAUAAUCAAUUGCUCCAACACAGACCAGAAAUCAUGUUUCUCACUUGUCAAUGCUGAAACAUUCAAUGAAACUCUUCGAUCCGAGCUUCCCAUGAAGGCCAAUACAGGCUAUAAACCCUCUGUUACUGGAUCACAUAACGGGUUAGUCUGUGUUUCAUCUGCAAGUCUGUUGGAUGUAGAUCCAAUUCAUAUAUGGAACCCAUCUGUUAGAAAAUCUAGGUUGCUUCCCCGUGGCUUGAUUCCCAAACGGGACCAUUGUUGGCCUCUAAAUUACCUUGCAUUUGGCUUCAAUCAAGCUGUGAAUGAUCACAUAGUGUUGAGAAUUGUGAGGAUUGAGCAGUGGAGAUGCUGUUAUCAAGUGGAAAUUUACAGCCUCAAAUCUGACUGUUGGAGGAGAGUUCCUUCUGUUCCUCCUAUUCCCACAGCACUUGACUGCAGAUUGUUGCCCAAAUCCAUCUGCUUCAGUGGACAUGUGUAUUGGCUUGUGAAGCACAAAAAUGGUGGAAUUCCCAAUUCCAUUCUGUGUUUUGACAUGGCCACUGAGGAGUUCCAUAGGCUAAUGUUGCCAGACUGUUUGGUGUACACAGAUACCCCAUCACCAUUAUUAUGGUUGGGAGUGAUCAAGGAAUCUCUAUCUGUUUUUCAUUGCAGGCCUGAUGGUGGGAAGCAACUGUGCGACAUAUGGGCUUUGAAAAUGGGCUCUUGGGUGAGAUUAAACACUGUUUUUCUGCCACUACAUGGGCAAAAAACAAGAUCAUUGAGCCUCUUUGAUCAUAAAUUGCUCCUUGUAAGGCAGAUUGAAGGGCUGGCAAACUAUAGUCUGGCACUUUUUGAUCCUGAACUGGAUCGCAUUGAGGAUAUUGGAAUUGAAUUGGGUUCUCAUUGGGUUUAUGCAGAUUCUUAUACGGAGAGUCUUCUUCUACUCUGAAUAGGUAUUCGGUAGCAAUUCAAUUUGUAGUCAUUACUGAAAAAACAUAUAUAUUUUUUGAAGGAUCAUGUAAUGGAUGAGUAUCUAUUGU